CGUUCGAAGUGUGACGUCAGAGACUUUGUAUGCACGCUAAACUGUGAAAUAUAGAAUUAUUUUCACUGAUAUUAGGAAUAUGCCCCCAAAAUAACUUUUUUCGGCUUAUCAAAAUGACUGAUUCGCCAGAGGCAGGACGCAAAUUGAGGGUGAAGGAGAGAAAGCAUUACACAGAUGUUGACUUGGAUGACGAUGACAUUGAUGGAAAGAGAAGUUAUUCACUGGACGAAAAACUCAAAUCAAACAAGUACAGUAAAAAGUAUGUCAAGGAGUUAAAGGGCGAGGAGUUUGGUCUGAAGUACAUCCAAGAACAUGGCCUUGAAUUUCCUCUUGUGUUUUUUGACAAAACAGGUCUGGGUCUCCGAGUUCCAAGUGAAAACUUUAAGGUUUCUGAUGUCAAACAAUGUGUUGGGAGCAGACGAAUGUUAGAUGUGAUGGAUGUCAACACUCAAAAAGGGAUGGAGAUGUCCAUGCGUGAAUGGGUCCAGUAUUACGAGAAUCCGGAGCGACAGAGACUGCUCAAUGUCAUCAGCCUGGAGUUCAGUCACACCAAACUAGAGAACUAUGUGGAAUCGCCCAGUUUUGUGAGACAGAUGGACUGGGUGGACUCUGUGUGGCCGAGACAUCUGAAAGAAUGUCAGACGGAGUCAACUAAUAUCAUCGAGAAAAUGAAAUACCCCAAAGUGCAAAAAUACUGUUUGAUGAGUGUACAGGGCUGUUACACUGACUUCCACAUUGAUUUUGGUGGCACUUCAGUCUGGUAUCACAUUCUGCAUGGAGAGAAAGUAUUCUGGUUAAUACCACCCACACAGAGAAAUGUGGAGAUAUACACAAACUGGGUCCUGUCGGGGAAACAAGGAGACAUUUUCUUAGCAGAUCAUGUCGAAGGCUGCCAGAGAAUUGAGCUUCUGCAGGGAUAUACUUUUAUAAUACCAUCAGGGUGGAUACAUGCAGUUUUCACCCCUAAAGACUCCCUGGUGUUUGGAGGCAAUUUUCUACAUAGUUAUAAUAUAGAAAAUCAAUUGCGAGUCUCAGAAGUGGAGGACAGAACUAGAGUCCCACAAAAGUUUCGCUACCCUUUCUAUACAGAGAUAGCAUGGUACGUUUUGGCAAGAUACGUUACCUGCAUCACUGGGAAACAGUGUCUAGAGAUGCCUCCAGAGGACAAAGAAAAUGAGGACAAAAGAGAGUUGUCUCCCUUCUUACAUGAUGAAUGUUCACAGGAUGGUGACAACAGUGUUCAAAGCCAGAGGCCAGCUACCCCAAAGCUGUCCAAGAGUGUCACUAUUGAACUCACCAGAAUAGAUCAGUCCUCCCCAAAACACAGAUCAGUCAGUGAUGAGGAAAAUGUCACCCCUCAGUGUGUGAGGUCUCCUCGCAAGUCCUCUUCUGACAGCUGUAGUUCAGCUGACACGGAAAUAUACGACAAGUCUGAGGACAUUUUGGGAUCUUGUGCCAACAGUGAGUUUCAGGAAAAACAAAUGGGAGCAAAACAAACAGUUCAAAGGAAAAUCAAGUCAAGUGAUUCUGGAUAUAAGAUGGUUCAUAGUCCUUCUCUGAAGGUCAGCAAGAGGGAAAAUAAAACUUAUUAUUUGACAAAGUGGGAAUUAAAUGGACUCUCGCAGUUAAUUCAGUGGAUAGAAGAAUUGCCUUCUGCCAAGAAAGGUUAUCCUAAGGAUGUGCUUGAUCCAGAGAUGUUGUUAAAUGAUGCAAAGCAAUUACUGGACGAUCAUGCCAAUGAUGAUCAGCAUUUAGCAUGUAAUGGAGAGCCUAUUCUAGUUUGGCCAGUCUCAAAAAAGCCUCCCAAACCAAAAGUAUAUAAAACAGGGAAGGUUAUAAAAUCACAGCAGUCCAAGGGUAGUACAUGUAUCAGACGACGAAGGACGCGCUGCAAGAAAUGUGAGCCAUGCACAAGAACAGACUGUGGAGAGUGUAAUUUUUGCAAAGAUAUGAGAAAAUACGGGGGCCCAGGGCGCAUGAAACAGUCUUGCAAGAGCAGGCAGUGUUUGGCACCUGUAAUACCCAAUGCUGCAGUCUGUAUGAUAUGCGGAAAGGAUGACCGUGUGAAAUCAGCAGAAAACCCUGAGGAGAUGGUUACCACUCUUAUGGAAUGCUGUAUUUGCUGGGAAAUCAAUCAUCCAGAAUGCCUCCGUAAGAAGCAUGAGAAUUUGGAGAGUGAGGGAAUUAUUAACGAGGACUCACCAAACAGCUGGGAAUGUCCAAAGUGUUGUCAAGAUGGCAAACAAGGACUGUUCAAGAAUAAGUUUACACGGAUUAAGAGGGAGGAUAAUCUGUACAGUCCCAGGGCAGGGAGCCCAGCAUCUUCAUACGAUUCCACCGCAGAGGUCAAAUCUGAGUCAGAGGCAGAAGGCAAGAGGGUGGUCAUGAAACAGCAAAAAGAAUAUACACAGCACGUGGACACAGAGGAAGACUCCUUGACAGAAACAGAGAACAGUGUAGAUGUCCCUCUGGAAUCUCCUCCAAGUCAGGUGACAGAAGUAGUUCCCAAAACAUCACCCGGACUGACGGUAAAAAAGGAGAAAAAGUCCCCCUUACAACAGUCUCUGAAAACCAAACUAUCACCCAAAAAGUUUGGGAUCAAGAGAAAACCAGGCAGACCAGCAGGCUCAAGUAAUCUACCAAGAAAGAAACCAUCAUGGCCCGGUUCACCAGAGAAAAGUUCAAAAAAGAUUAAAGAGACAGUAAUUACCAGGUCAGGUCGUAAAGUGAAGAGAUCCCCACAGCUGUCUGACGAAAACAUGGAGUCAGAGUUUCCAAAGAAAAGACCAAGACGUGAGGGCUUUGCAUCCAGACCAGAUGACCAAGGUGAAAUGGAGGACAAAGUCAUGGAAAGUCAAGGUCUUCUGUCAUCCACUGAUUGUAAAAAUGAGGCCACAGAUUACAACUUUUCCUCAGAAGAAGUGGAGCACUUUAAGUUUUUUCCAACAAAAUUAAAAAAGGUUAGUGGAGAUAAACAAAAAGUGGAACAGAAAAGGGGACUAAAGCAAACACAAGGAAUAAAACGCAAGUAUGGAUCAACAAAAAAAGCAAAGAAAGUUGAAAAUAUUAAACAAACUACAAAGGGUAUUGAAAUGAAGAGUAGUGGAUCUAGUGAAAGUGCACCAGGAAAAGUAACAGAGGUGGUGCAGAGAAAGUUUGUGGUCAGGCCCUCAGCUCCUCCACCACCCCCAGAUUGUGUAGAACUUGAAAGUGGGGACCAUCAUCCUCUUGAGAGAGUUCACUGGACCAAGAUUUUCUCAUUUUUGCCUUACCCAGACCUGGCGAGGUGUCUGUCUGUUAAUAAAGCAUUUUACAGGUGGGGUAUGAAUCAUGAGCUUUGGCCAAACAUUGACUUGAGCAAAAGGAGAAUAUGCCAGCCACAUUUAAUAGGCAUUGUGAAACGUCAACCAAAUGGCCUGAAAUUAAACAAUGUGGUAAUGACACAGCAACAAUUAUCUUGGCUCCUGGCACGAAUCCCUCUCCUAAAGAGACUGUCCAUGUCCUCAUGUUCAUGGGCAACAGUCAGUGCUCUCUGUUUUUCCUCAUGUCCACUGUUGACAGCAUUGAAUUUGAACUGGAUGCUGGGACUGGACCAUGUUCACUUCAAGGAUCUUGUUAGUCCGCCAAGUGACCUGCGACCUGGGAUGAAUGACGUGAGUCGACUUCAUUUGCUGACCAGUUUACACAUUGCUGGAACUGAAAUUGAAGAUGAGUCAUUGCAGCUUAUUCCCCAGUACGUGACUAAAUUGAAGGAACUUGACAUCAGUUAUUGUCCAAGAAUUACAAAUGAAGGAAUCAGAAAACUUCUGGAGACCAGUAAUGCAGUGCUCACACAGUCUCUUCAAGUGAUAGACAUUUCUGGCUCUCGUGUGUUAACAAGUGUAGCACUUGACUAUUUAGUGAAGUGCAUCAAUUUAUCUGUGGUGAAAAUUCAUAAGUGUUCAAAUAUUACUGCCAUGUCUGUGCAAAAAUUUCCCCGAAAGUCUGUCAGAUUUCUGAAGUAAGUUGUACAUGAUGUCGUGGUUUUUGUAUUUUUUGUAAUACAUUGAGAGACCCAGUAAUACAUGUAUUCAGAGAUGUGGAAAACUAUGAAAAUUUAUGAUUUCAGAAUUUCAUUUUACAGAUAUUAGAAUGAAGUAAUCAUUCUCUACAUUAUAAAACACACAUUAUUGUGUAGUGGAACAUAUAUUAACAGCACCUUGAUUGGUUCGUGUUGAUGUUUAGAAUAUAUAGUAGAUCUGAUGACAUUUCAAAUUCAUUUAUGAAAUUGAAUGCCAUAAAGUUACAAAAGAUCUUGUUUGCACCUCUGGAGGAGAUCUAUCAUUUAUCUUAAUUAUUUAGUAGCUUAUUUGUUUCAUAAAAUGAAGAUCAUGCAAAAUCAAUUAUACACAUUCAUGCCCAUUCAGUACACAUAUAACUAGAAGCUUCUACAUUACAUAGGCUACUAGACCACUUUCUGCUUUGUGCACUUUACUGGGUAACCAGAGAAGAGAAAUAGUUGAUUAUCAGAUGAAGAACAUCUUUCUAUUGUUUUUCAUGUAAAAAUUAUGUUAUCCAAAUUAUUUUCCCCACCUGAAAGACAUUCAGUCAUAUAAAUGUAAUAAAUUGCAGAAAUUAAAGUGUUUUUUUUUUUUGUUACAUGUUAUCCAGAAAGUAUAAAGAUGUAUAACUUAUAUUCCUGAAUUGGUGUUCAUAUAUAUACGACCAGUAUAUUACUUUUCCUUUUUCUUUGUGUAAAUUUCAUGGUUUGUAAAGCCAGUUCCAUUGUGUUGAACCAUU